ACUAUAUAUAGCAAGUGAUGCCUCCAAUAUUAGAAAUCAAGAAGGAGAAGAGGCUUGCUAAUCCUAAUUAGUAGUAAUCAGUAGUCAUUUCAUUCGUGCAGAGGCUUUUGAGUAUGAAGAGCACCGUCAGAAUAUCUGCAUUGAUGUGGGCUGACAUAUUGGUGGUGUACGCCUUGUUUGAGAUGCAAGACUAUCUCACUAAAGUUUGGGGCCUAAGUUUCACCCACGCUGCUGGAAUCCUCAACGUUUGGAACGGUGUCUCUUUGCUUCUCCAACCUCUAUUCCUCUAUGCCGUCAGCACCUUUCUUGGAAACUGGCGCAUGCUCGUGCUCUCCAGCUCUUCCUACACUGGGAAUCUGUUUAGUGUUCAUGUCAGCUCCUCCGGUUCUUGCCAAAUCAACGGGCACGUGCAAACAAUACGAGCAGGAAUGCAUAGGCAACACACAAAAGGCUCUCCUCUACACGGGGAUGGCAUUGAUAGCUGUCGGAGUAGCUGGCAACAGCGUGUCAGUGGAAUCAUUUCUCAAUGAACAAACAGACAAAUCUAGUGGUGUGGCCAUAGGUUGUUUGAGGGUAUCAGGUUUGGCUAUGGUGGCUAUUGUAGGCUUAGCAGGAGCCAUCGCGCUCCCUUACAUAAAGCCAUGGACCUACCGGUUUGGAAUCCCAGCGGUCUGCACUGCUAUAGCUGGCAUAUCCUUUCUCACAGGUUUACGUUGGUUCCCAUUCGAAUGCGAUGGGACAACAAGGGACCGGAUAGAAAACAUGGGAAGAAUGUUCUCCUGCCGUAUGAUACCAAUGUGGCUGACCUUUUUGGUGUGUGGGAUCAUCUCCGCAAGCAGCAACACGUACUUUGUGGAGCAAACAAAGCACCUGGACCGACACCUAGGAUCAUGGGAGGUUCCUACUCAGGUGCUGCUGCUGGCUCAGAAUUGGUUAGGCAAGUUGCUAGCAUGGUUGGCAAGUCACCAAGGACAUGGGGUUGUAAAGGCUAAGAUAUUGGGGGUCCUAUGUUGUAUAGCGGCUGCAGGGAUGGAGACAAAGAGACUCGGGGUUGUUAGGAGCAAUGGGUUGCUGGAUAAACCGGAGGAAGAUAUCCCAAUGAGCGUGUAUUGGCUGUUGUUCCAGUUCGUGCUGCUGGGAGGCGCAAUGACGUUGUUAGAGAAGAGCGUGGCAGAGUUUGAUAAGCAGGACAUAAGCAGUGAAGCUGAUCUAAAGGAGUUGAAGAGACGGUGCAUGGAGAUCUUUAGCAAGGGGGUGUCUGGGAUGGGGUUCAUGUGUGAUGUGCUCUUGGUUUAUGCUGCGGGGAAAGUAACUGCUGAGGGAGAUGAACCCGGCUGGUUCCAGUUCACAUUGAACCGGAGUCAUUUGGACCGCUAUUAUUGGCUACUCGCGGUUUUGAGUACAGCCACUUUAGUUCUAUACACAGUGGUGCGCUACUAUGUCGGGCCGCGGGCCAUGGUGACAUCAUCUGUUUAAUUUGAGUAUUAAUGUUUGGGAAGUAAGGGGUAGAAUCGAUCAUAAUAUGUUGGCUGAGUGUUUUUUUUACCUCAUAUCAAUAUUUAUAAAAGUAUUUAUAAAUUUGAAUC